CAGUCUAAUCCCCGGUGCGUCCCUUCUCCCUCCGAACUCAGUCGUCCCCUCACGCACUCGCCUUUCUCACACGACCGGCGAUCCUCGCUUGCACAACCUAGUUCAAAACCGAAAGCCAGCAGCCCGAGUGAGCCGGGCCGUGCGCUUCGCACAAGUUUUUCGCACGCAACUCGCGCUCGCAGCUCUAAGCAGCUGAUCCUCGUCAUGGACUCCAGGAUAGUGCUAUUUUUUCUAAUUUCGGUCUUCUGUUUGGCUUUUGGUGAAGUUGAUAUUAUAACCGAACCACGGCCUGGUGAAGAAUAUGUUCUAGUAAGUUCUGGGCAGCAAACUCCCUUAAGGAAUUUUGAAACAUCGCAUAAGAUUCCUGAAAAACAUCCCAACCAUAGACUAACGAAACCAGAUGAAGGCGAAAAAAUAUUUAAAAAGUUACAUAGUGGAAAAACCAAAUAUCCGUCUGAGGGUAUUAUAUCAAUUGAAGAAGAUAAAAAAGCUUCCUUAAAAAAGAGCCAAAAAAUUAAAGCUACAGAAUCGAUAGAAGUCGAUAUACCAUUUUCAAAGUUAGAAGAUAUUAAAAUAAAGGAAAAUAUCAAAGAACGCGAUAUAAACCCUAAAAUGGCAGUCGCUUUAGAGGCUAUGUCAGAAUCAGGAAAGUUGAGCAACAAUGAUGGUACAACUACUCAGAAACCAGUAUUGACAACUUCAGCGCCGUCUCCCGCUAAAGCAUAUGACUAUAUUCCUAUUAAUUUUGAUACAAUUGACGACAUUAACAGCGGUUUACUUUCCUCUAAUGUUAAGUUGGAAACAGCUGGUUCUGAACAAAAACAACAUUCACGGAUUCAAGUGAAAAAGGGCCCAAAUGGCCAAGAUUAUGAAUAUGAAUAUAUUUAUUACUAUUAUGACGAGGAUGAAGACAGUAAAAAGGAGAAUAAGGACAAAGCCCCAUCUGCAACUGAAGCAGCUGUCUCAAACUCUCACGAUGGUCCGCAAAAGGUUGAAACUGAAAAUCAGAUAGCAAAGGAAAACAAACCAAAGAGCAAGUAUAGUACUAUUGAUAGAUCAAGUGCAACGACAACCACAACGCCUGAAGUCCACAAUGAAGUUAAUCCGACACCAGCCAGAACUCGCUCUCGCGGUCGUAAUAUUACACCCGCCCCAGUUGAAGAUGAAUCACGAGAAGAAAGGCUACCGUCGAGUACACGAUUUCCUCCUCGUGGUCGCAACUUCGCGACUGCGAGCUCUACAACAUACGUUCCUGAGGUAUCCUCCGAAACAAUAAGGCAUCGUGGUCGCUCACAGGUUGACAAUGUUGCCGAUGAGUCAAUUGGUCAAACUAGAAGUAGAACUCGAGCUCAUAUCAGGCGGCCCAGUUCUGAACUAGUAGACCUUGACAGUUUUAAAACUCAUUCAGGUGAUAUUCCUGCGCCUCAUAAAGAACAACCCACAAGAUAUUCAUCAGAAAGUAAAACUACGACUGAAACAUCAGAGGAUGUCUCUGAUUCGAACGAACCCUCGCACACUAAAGAAUCACAAAGAGAAGGUCACAGUCUUUUAAGCGGAAUUAGAUUCCAAGAAAUACUAGACGAUUCUAAACUACCGCCAGAUUAUAAACAAACAACAACAUACGAACAGGAAACCACUGAAUACACUACCAUGACUGCCAUGGAAAAGGUCGCAUUAGACUUGUACGCAUAUUUGGCCGGCGAGAAUUUAAACAACGAAAUAAGCCCAGCUGGUGAUUUAAUGAACUUUGAUGCGUCAACUACUAUCGAUGAAGACGCUUGGACAACGGAAAUUGUCAGUACAACAGAAGAAGAGACCACGCCUGCAGCUACAACAACAACAACAACCACGACCACUACGACGACAACGACCACUACACCAGCUCCCACAACAACGACUACCACAGCUGCACCCACGCGUCCUUCAAGAUUUAAAGGUCGUCCGGGAGCUAGAUCACGUGCUCCAAGCAGUGUAUCAACAAGUGCAGCGACAGAAGGGCCACAGGAAACAUCUACAAGAGCACGAGGUCGGUUCGGUAAACCCAACGGAAUCCGGAAAACAACAGCUGCCGCCGUUGUUGAAACUUCCACUUCUGCAGCACCAGUUGAAAAACCAGCACAACCAAAGCAGGCGUUCGGGCGCCGCGGUCUAUUUGCAGGCCGCACUCGACCGAGCACAACUCCUCCUCCAGUGCAAGACGCCGCCAGUGUUGCCAGUGAGUCGUCGGCACCAAGAGCGCGUCUUCGCCCUGGUCUGAGGCGAGUUGCUUCAUCGACUACCGCAUCAGCUUCGUCUGCUGAAGUAACAGAAACCACAGCUCCCGCUUCAAGCCAAAGCACGGCUUCUGGUGAAGUUGUGGAGACAACUCCAACUCCUUCUAGAACUAUUGGCCGUAAACCUGGUGUAAGGCCAGUUUCACUCCGACCUGGGCCUAGGCUUAACAUAAGACCUAAUCCCCGUUUGAGGCCUGGUUUAACAAGCGCAGCACCAACAGAGGCCGCAUCUGAAGCUCCUGCUGAGACUUCCGCACCAGAAGCUCCGGUUACUGAAGCUGAAAAUGAGAGUGCCUCGCCCUCGCCGGCUCCCGAGCAACCUCGUGGCGUGUUAAAACUGCGCAACCGCUUACAAGUGUCACCAUCGCCAAAGCCCCGCGUUGCAGUUACCCCGCCGCCUCGUCGUCCUAACCCACUUUUAAAGAAGAGAUUACCUUCCACCGAGGCUACUACGGAGGCGCCAAAGAAGUCAACAGAGACUACAGAGGAAUCCACUAGUGCAGAAAAGAGCGAGGCCGAGGCGGAAACAGAAGCACAGCCAACGGAGAGCACGCCAGCGCCACAACUGCGUGGACUCGACGCACUAAUCGCCAGGAGGCGUGCAGCUGGUAUCGGCACUCGGCCAGUCCGCCCAGUACGAGGCGCUAGGUUCCACAACUAAGUUCUCGUCCAAAAUAACCAGCUAUUCUAUGACGGCGCUCACCGAGGAACUCAUGUGUAAAAUCUCAAUUGUCGUUUAUUCCGUUUAACGCCACCGAUAGUUACUUUUCCUUUGAAAACCUGAAAACAAAUUUCAUCUAACGUAACUUGUUACUUUCCUUGAUUGGUCGUAAAUUUGUAUAUUUAAACGUUUCACACAUUUUGCGGCUGGUAAAGCAAGUAACAAUAAAAAACUGACUAGAUUAGGUCUUUAUGUAUCACUUUUGAUAGUAUGGUGUAUAUUUAUAUUGUAAUAAAUAAAUAAUCAGCAGAUUUCUUAUAC